AUGCAUGCUCCCGCUUCCGAAUCGCGUCUCUACACUUUCUCCCAGGACUCCAAGGACCACCUGCGCAAGUUCCGUCUGGGAACGUCAAGGUCCAACGAUCCUCAAGCAGUCAUUUGUAUGUACGUCUCGCUGUCGGCAGAGAGCACAUGA